GCCAUCCUCACGGGCUUCGUGCUCAGCGUCGCCUUGUUCCUGGCGAGCAGCAGCGCCGCCUCGCCAGUCAGCAGCGUCGUCGUUGGCGACCGGGUGGUGAGCCGCACCAAGCGGCCCUUUUGGGAGAUGCAGGUGCUGCGCAGGGAGGGCCACCGCAUCCUGCUGCUCUACCUGCAGGGGCAGCUCUUCUUCGGCUCCACCAGCAAGCUGGUGACCGCGCUGGCGGCGGCGUCGGCGGACGAUCAGGUCAAGUACGUCAUCCUCAGCCUGGCGCGCGUGCCUCACAUCGACCCCUCGGCCGCUCGGCACCUCCGGACGACGUCGGAGAGGCUGAGGCAGCGCGGCUGCCAGGUGAUCUUCUGCCGCAUGAACCGCCCCGUCUUCGAGACGCUCACGGCCGCGGGGGUGAUCAAGGCCCCCGACGGGGACCUCGUGGGGCACCUGCGGAACCUGAGGUGGAAGACCGUGCCGAUGGUGGACGGCAAGGGCAUGUCCAGGAAGGCGUCCCCCUCGAAGUCGCCCUCGCCACCCACCUCCCCGGUGAGGGGCUCCGUCGCCGCUCUGGCCGGCGGGCCCCUCGGCGCCAGGGCGCCGCCCUUCGUGGCGCCCUUCGGCGGCGACCGCGCCCAGGCCACCCCGCCCCCGCCGUCGGGGGCCGACAGCCUGCCCAGCCCGGCGGCGUCGCUGGACGGCCGGCGCGCGCCCGCCCCGGACGCGUUCUGCCACGAGACGGACGCGCUGGACCAUUGCGACAGCAAGAUCGUGUCGGAGUUCUGCUACGGCAGCAGCGAGCAGCUGGGGAGACUGGAGCCCUACAUGCGCGCCUACCGGGCCGCGGUCUGCGGGCAGGGCGGCUUGGCGCUGCCGGAGUGGGCCUUCGAGGACAUGAACAGCCUGCCCCGCGGCCUCAUGGCCCGCCUUAGGCCCCACUGCACGGUCCUGGCCGAGCUCCCGGCGUGGACCAAGGUCUCCGACGACGUGGACUUGCAGGGCUCGCUGUGUUUCGUUCUGAAGGGCGCUUUGUCCGUCAUCCAGAUAGUGCCGCUUUCGGACGACCCGACGCACAUCGGAUCCGAGGUGUCCGGGUUCAGCUUCCGGCAGGGCAAGAGGCUGUUGAAGCGGUAUCCGCCAGGCCACGUGGCCGGCCGGGACUCGUUCUUCCUCGAAUACAGCGGGCAGACCAUCGACCGUGAAUUGGAGCCGAAGAUCACGGUGUCCUCGAAGAUGGGAGCGCCCGCGGAGAUCUGGGUGCUGCGGCCCGAGGAGUGGGCCGCAAUGGACGUGGAGCUGAAGGGGCCGCUCACCGAGAUGGUCUGCGUGCAGUUUGCCGACGACGUGCAGCACUCCCGAAUGCAGGAGCUCGAGGCCUUCCUGCAGGAGUGGACCCAGGUCUUCGACUCGGAGUCGCAGUCGCUGUCCCCGGCCCUGCAGGGCAGGCGCCGGGAGAGGUGGCGGGGGUCCCGGAAGUCGGGCCUGUCGGCGCUCACGCUCGAGAGCCCCAAGGAGCAGGCGGAGGAGUGCGAGGACGAGAGCAACAAGGGAGGCGGCAUGUCCCGUCCGAGGAUGUUCAACUCUGAGAUCAGUCGUCCAAGCCAAACAAGCCUCCGGUCUGAGCCUUGUGGUGACAGGAGGAUGAGCCUCAUGUCCCAGACGUCAGUGCGCCACUAUACCCCUUUCGUUGCGCAGAAGGAGGGAGCGACGCAAAUGACGCGGAAUUCGCCGCGGAAUCAGACGAAAGCGAGGAACGCCGAGGUAUAUCGCUCACAGUCGGAGAUCGAUGUGGCUACACCGUCCAGUGUGGCUGCACCGUUCAAUGAGGCUACACCGUCCACUGGGCGAACAGAUCUUACUCAGACUUCUAUCCUUACGAGAGGGCUUUCGAGCGCCAACUUGGGCGUUGCGCCCGAACACAUCCGGCAGCAAAUGAUGGACAUCUGGGCCCAGGAGCGGGAGACGCACAGUCGCUGCGUGCCAACAUGGCUCUCCGAGUUCGUCAGCAGCUCUGCGUUUGGGUCGUCGGGUUAUAUCUCCGGGCUGCUUAUCAUGGCCAAUGCCCUGUCCAUCGGCGUGCAGGCGGACUACAUGGCCAGGGAGGGCACCAACAAGGUGCCCGUCGCAAUGCGCGCCGUCGAGCUGUUCUUCUGCGUGGCGUUCACCGCCGAGCUCAUUCUGAGGGCCAUGGUGGACGGCCGGCAGUUCUUCAGCUGCGCGAGCUCCAAGUGGAUGUGGAACUCGUUCGACACCAUUCUCGUGACUAUGCAGAUUGCGGAGGAGAUGAUCCUGUUCGUCAUGGACACCAUGCACAUGGGGAAAGGUGACCAGGGAUUCGGCAGUGACUUCACCAUCAUGCGAAUACUGCGGAUACUGCGGCUGAUCCGGAUCAUGAGACUGGUGCGCGUGCUUCGCUUCAUCGGCGAGUUGCGAACCAUCGUCAUUCAGAUCAUUGGGUCAAUGAGGUCGUUGUGCUGGACCUGCGCGCUGCUCAUUAUGGUGAUGUAUGUUGUGGGGGUGUACCUGACGCAGCUGGUUUCAGACUACAUGGUCGAACUCCGACGUGAAGAUCCACAGGCGCUCGAGGGGGACGUGAUGGAUCUAUCGAUGUACUUCGGGAGCCUUGGUAACACCAUACUGUCCCUCUACCAGGCCAUCACGAACGGCAUAAGCUGGUACGAGCUGUCCUCUCCGCUCAUGAAGUACUUCAGCCCGUGGAUCUCCACCGUUUUAUGUUUUUACACGGCCUUCGCGAUCUUUGCGCUGCGGACAUUGUCACUGGUGUGUUUGUCGAGUCGGCUCUGGAUGCAGCGACCAAAGACAAGGAGACUCUAUUGUACCAUUCGUUGCUCGCUCUGUGGAACAAAGCCCGCGGAGACAAAGACUUCAUCACCCACGAACGCCUGA